CACAGAAGGACUCGCUCUCCCAGCGUACCCUGCGCUGCCGCCGCUGCCGCUCUGCUUCCCCUGGCCCGGCCGCUCUGCCCGCGGCCGCCAUGGGCUCCCUGCUCAGCCGGCGCAUCGCGGGCGUGGAGGACAUCGACAUCCAGGCCAACUCGGCCUACCGAUACCCGCCCAAGUCCGGAAACUACUUUGCAAGUCACUUCUUUAUGGGAGGCGAGAAGUUUGACACCCCUCACCCUGAGGGCUACCUUUUUGGCGAGAACAUGGAUCUAAACUUCCUUGGGAACAGACCUGUUCAGUUUCCCUAUGUCACUCCAGCUCCACAUGAACCUGUGAAGACGCUGAGAAGUUUGGUGAAUAUCCGCAAAGACUCUCUCCGACUUGUGAGGUAUAAAGAUGAUGUUGACAGUCCUACUGAGGAGAAUGGGAAGCAGAAAGUCCUGUACAGCCUGGAGUUCACAUUUGAUGCAGAUGCUCGUGUCGCCAUCACAAUCUACUGCCAGGCUACAGAGGAGUUUGUUGGUGGCAUGGCAGUAUACAGCACAAAGAAUCCCUCUCUGCAGUCGGAGACGGUUCAUUACAAGAGAGGGGUAAGCCAGCAAUUCUCCUUGCCUUCCUUCAAGAUAGAUUUCUCAGACUGGAAGGAUGAUGAGCUGAACUUUGACUUGGAUCGUGGCGUGUUCCCUGUGGUUAUUCGAGCAGUGGUGGAUGAAGGAGAUGUGGUGGUUGAGGUGACAGGUCAUGCCCAUGUUCUUCUGGCUGCAUUUGAAAAGCAUGUUGAUGGCAGCUUUUCUGUGAAGCCAUUGAAACAGAAGCAAAUUGUUGACCGGGUGAGCUAUCUGCUUCAGGAGAUCUACGGCAUCGAGAAUAAAAACAACCAAGAGACCAAGCCUUCAGAUGACGAGAACAGCGACAACAGCAAUGAGUGUGUGGUUUGCCUGUCUGACCUCCGGGACACCCUCAUUCUGCCCUGCAGACACCUCUGUCUGUGCAAUUCCUGUGCUGACACCCUGCGAUACCAAGCCAACAACUGCCCCAUCUGCAGGCUUCCUUUCCGUGCCCUACUGCAGAUCCGGGCUGUGAGGAAGAAGCCAGGGGCUCUGUCACCAGUGUCAUUCAGCCCUGUCUUGGCACAGAAUGUUGACCACGACGAGCACUCUUGUCCCUUUAAACCCCUUAAAGUGAGCCCUGUCUCCCUGCCCAGCAGGAAGCCUAGAAGGGAAACCAGCUCUGACAACAUCCCUCCAGGCUAUGAGCCUAUUUCCCUGCUGGAAGCGCUGAACGGCCUUCGCUCUGUUUCCCCCACCAUCCCGUCAGCCCCUCUGUAUGAAGAAAUCAACUACUCUGGCGUGGUGGAUGGGAUGCCCCCUGUGAGCCGGCCGCUUGUGGGCAUGGACAGAGCUGUGGAGAGCGGCCACCAAAAGGGCAAGAGGAGCAAGUCUCCAGAUAGCACACUACGGUCUCCCUCAUCCCCCAUCCACGAGGAGGAUGAAGAGAAGCUCUCAGAGGACUCUGACUCACCGCCAGCACUGAGCGGGGCUGAGCUGGCCCUGAGGGAGAGCAGCUCUCCAGAAAGCGUGGCAGGGGAAGAGAUCGAGGAGGCCUUGUCCCUGCAGCAGGGCAGCCGCCCACCCUCGCUGGAGGACGUGCUGCAGGACGGGAGCUGCGGCGAGCACAGGAGCCUGACGCAGUCGGAGAACGACCCUCCUGUUGACGUUUACCUGCCAGGCUCAUCCGACUUCACCAAGGCGCUCCCCGGCCGCAGCACCGGCAGCCCCACACAGCCCCUUCUCUUCGAGCAGACGUGUCUUCACAUGGAGGACGAGCAGAACCUCUCGUGAGCGGGGCCCGACCUCCCUGCCCCGGCCGAUGGACACACACGCACCCCCCCCCCCCCCCCCCCGGACCCCAUGCACGGCCUCUCCCCCCUCUCCAGUGGGGCUGGCCUGCCCUCACCGCCCCAGGGACCCACCGUUUCGGUUGUUCUUUAACAGACAUGCAUGUAUCCCACUGGCAGCGGCGACGGACGGGGCGGUGGGUAGGGCUGGCGGUGUGGUUUUACAUGGGAAUCGGGGGGGAGGGGAAGGUUUGGGGUUAAAAGCAGCAGGCGGAGGACACAACCGUUGUAUAUUUUGUACACACCGAGCACAGCCCUUUGCUGUCACUGCCCCUGUACAUAGCUGUGGCCCUCCCUCCCGUCCCAUUGGCCCCGUUGGGCUCUGCGCCUUCCUCCUCCCAGCUCUGAGUGCUGGGGGACCCUUGCCGGGGUACAGGGCUCCGCUGAGGGGUAGCGAGAGGACG